AUUCUCAAAACCAAGAGUGAACGAGAGCUUCAUUUCACAAUUGAGAGAGUGAGAGAAAAAAAGAGUGUUCACAUUUUUCAGCUUUCAAGAUUUUACUACUGUUCUAGUUUUCUUUUUCACACCCCCCUCUUCCCCUCUUUACGCCCCCGCUUCUCUGUAUCCCUUUCUGUUAAUCAUCUGUCUUUCUUUCUAUAAUAUUUUUUUUUGAGUUUUUCUCUAAAAAAAUCUAUACCCAGAAAAAGUCAGGUGUUUUCAGAAUCGAGAUCCAGUUUUCUUUAAUUUUUUUUUUAAAAUUUUUAAAAUUUUAGUUUAAUUUUUCUCAUCUUUGAAUCAGCAAGAGGGUUGUUUUUUUUAUCCCUCAUAGCUUUUUCAAAUUUUUUUUAUAAAUUUUCUGGAAAAAAAAGAGGUUGUCUAUUUUAAACCUCUUUCACCAAUUUCUUCAUUUUAUUUUAAUUUUUAAUUAAACACAGGUUAAUUUUAUCUAAGAUCUGUGUUUAUUUUUUAUUAUUAUUUUUGUUGUGUAUUAAUCAGUUUAUGGCAGGUAGAAUGGAUUUCUUCAACAAUUCACAAGAUCCAUUCAAUGGUGAGUUAAUGGAAGUACUUGAACCUUUUAUGAAGAGUUCUUCCACUACUCCCUCUUCCUCUUUAUCUACUUCUACACCCCCUUAUCUAAAUUCACACCUCCCUUCAACUUCAUCCCAAUUUUACUCUUCUACCCCUACCUAUUUCCAACCCUCUUUUUCUUCCCCUUCUUUUCCUCCUCCCCAGCCCAAUUUCUACACAGAAAACGGUUACAGUUCAUCCAUGAUGAAUUACCAAUUUCCCUCUGGAAAUUCAUCAACCAGCCAAAAUUUCAUUGGCUUUGAACAACAACCACAACCGAAUUCUGCACUUGGGCUAAACAACUUAACUCCAUCACAAAUCAAUCAGAUCCAACACCAGAUCCAGUUUCAGCCUCAACAAAUCAAUCCAAAUUUGAGUUUUCUCGGGCCUAAGCCCGUUCCAAUGAAACAGCCCGGUGCACCUCCGAAGCCGACUAAGCUUUACAGAGGUGUAAGGCAGAGACAUUGGGGGAAAUGGGUGGCUGAGAUAAGAUUGCCCAAGAACAGAACAAGGCUCUGGCUUGGAACUUUUGAUACUGCUGAAGAAGCUGCUUUAGCUUAUGAUAGAGCUGCUUACAGACUAAGAGGUGAUUUCGCUAGGCUUAAUUUCCCGAACAUGAAGGACCAGCAAGGUCUGUUUGGGGAGUUUAAGACUUUGCAUUCGUCUAUCGAUGCUAAACUUGAUGCUAUUUGUGAGAGUUUAGGCAAUGAUGAUGCGAAGAAAUCGGGGAAAGUGGAGAAAAAUGUGAAAGGUUCUAAGAAAGGUUUGAAGAAAGAGGUUCAAGUUCAACCGAUUGUUGUUGCUGAAAAUAAUGAUGGUGAUAACAAGAAAGUUGUGGUUGAAAGCUCGAGUGAAGGGUCGGAUGAUUCUUCGCCACUUUCUGAUCUUACUUUUGGUGAUUUUGGGGAGCCGCAGUGGGAGAAUUGUUGUGAGCAGUUUAAUCUGCAGAAGUUUCCUUCUUAUGAGAUUGAUUGGGAUUCUCUUUAGGGUUUUAGUGGCUGCUGCUGCUGCUGCAAUUUGAGUUUUUGAAAAUUGCAGUGGUGCUGGUUCUGUUAUGUUAUGUUAGGGUUUUAAGUUGUUUAGUGUUAUUAUGUCAAAUAUGUUGUAAAUCUAUUGAACUUGGUCAGCUUGCUUUUUUACUUGCUUGGCUAAGGAGAAGGAAUGACUUCGGCUUAGGUUUUAUAUAUUUUUUUGAUGUUGGUUAUAUAGUAUGUUACAUUAUUCAUGUAGUUUAAUUCUAUUAUUUGUAUUUCAAGGUAUUAUUAUUAUUAGAGAAUGAGAAUUUAUUUUA